UUUCCGCAAUUUUUUUAUCAUGUACUAUACACAGGCCUUGUGUAGUAGUACAUAUGUAUAGUAUAUGGUCCUGUGCACGGUGUAUAAUAUACGUACACUGUGGUUCUAUGAUAUGAUCUAAGGACGCGACGCUUAAAAAAUCUUUGUUCACUGUGUUCAGUUCAGUGACGGAGAAACAGAACUUGUUUUUCCUAUUGAGUUACCGUAAAGUGAUAACACGAGAAACACUCGUGUAAUUUUCUCUGCAUUAUGUACAUCAAACAGGUGAUUAUCCAAGGAUUUAAAUCAUAUCGUGAACAGACAGUUGUAGAACCUUUCGAUCCAAGGCACAAUGUAGUAGUGGGCAGAAAUGGUUCUGGCAAGAGUAACUUCUUUUAUGCGAUUCAGUUCGUUUUGAGUGAUGAGUUUUCUCAUCUUAGACCAGAACAGAGACAGGCUUUAUUGCACGAGGGCACAGGACCAAGAGUUAUUUCAGCGCAUGUGGAAAUUAUAUUUGACAAUUCUGAUGGAAGACUGCCAAUUGAUAAAGAAGAAAUAUAUUUGAGGAGAGUGAUUGGCUCAAAGAAGGACCAAUAUUUCCUUAAUAAGAGAAUAGUAACUAGAAAUGAUGUAAUGAAUUUGUUGGAGUCUGCAGGAUUUUCAAGAUCAAAUCCGUAUUAUAUCGUAAAGCAAGGAAAGAUAAAUCAAAUGGCAACGGCACCUGAUUCUCAGAGACUUAAAUUAUUGAGAGAAGUAGCUGGUACUAGAGUAUAUGAUGACAGAAGGGAAGAAUCAAAAUUUAUUUUAAAAGAAACAGAAGGAAAAUUGGAAAAAAUUCAAGACUUCUUACGAACAAUAGAGGAACGUUUAAAGACAUUGGAAGAAGAGAAAGAAGAACUCAAGGAGUAUCAAUGCUGGGAUAAACAACGUCGUUGUUUAGAAUACACUAUACAUGAACGAGAGCUGAAAGAGAAUAAAAGAAAGUUGGAAGAGCUUGAGAAAUCCAGAGCAAAUAGCGGAGCUGAACAAGCGCGUUUAGGGGCGGAAGCAAAAACUGCACAAGAAAUGGUUAGGGCUGCAACAAAACGUCUCAAAGAAGCAAAGAAAGAAGUGCAGACUGCGAAAGAAGAAAGAGAUACACUCAGUGCUGAACAACAACAGCUACUGAAAGAAAAAACCAAAUUAACAUUAACUAUUAAUGAUUUGCUGGAGGAGGUAAAAGGAGAUAAUGACAGUAGAAAGCGUGCCCAACAAGAGUUAGAAAAAUUGAAAGGAAAUAUCGCAGGACGAGAAGCUGAAUUAGAGGAACUCAAACCAGAAUAUGAGGAAAUGAAGCGAGUGGAAGAGGAAUGCACCCGUGAGUUACAAUUGAAAGAGCAGAAGCGGAAAGAAUUGUAUGCAAAACAGGGGCGUGGCAGUCAAUUCACUAGCAGGGAUGAGAGAGACAAAUGGAUACAAAAUGAACUUAAACAACUUACCAAACAAAUUAAGGAUAAAGAAGAACAUCAGAGAAAGAUUAGUGAGGAUUUAAAAAAAGAUGCAGAGAAGCAAGUUAUUUUAGAGAAAAAGAUCGACGAGCAUACACGUGAAAUGGAACAACAACGAGUAUCUAUAGAUGAACAUAAUAAGCAAUACUAUGAACUAACUAAAGCAAAGGACCAAUGUCAAGCCACACGAAAAGAACAGUAUCGACAAGAGAGCGUGUUACAACUUAAUUUGUCAGGGCUCAAAGAAGACUUGGCUAAGGCGGAUCAAAGUUUGCGGUCCAUGGCUGGAAAGCCUAUUCUAAACGGACGAGAUAGCGUGCGAAAAGUGCUGGAUACGUUUCGAACACGUAAAGAAAUGGCCCACGAAGUGAGUAGUUAUUACGGGCCUGUAAUAGAGAACUUCAGUUGCGAGAAGAAUUUUUAUAUGGCUGUGGAGGUGACAGCUGGAAAUCGAUUGUUCCAUCAUAUCGUGGAAACAGAUAAAUUCGGAACGAAAAUCUUGAAAGAGAUGAAUAAUCAACGCCUUCCGGGAGAGGUCACAUUUAUGCCUUUGAACCGUCUACACGUAAAAGAUAUAGACUAUCCAAAAACUGGCGAUGCUAUGCCUAUGAUAUCAAAAUUAGAGUACGAUGAGAAGUACGAUAAAGCUUUGAGGUAUAUUUUUGGAAAAACAUUAAUCUGCCGUAACUUAGAGACUGCGACAAAUUUGGCCCGUACGUCUGGAUUGGACUGCGUUACUCUGGAGGGUGACCAAGUAUCGUCGAAGGGAUCAUUAACGGGUGGAUACUUUAAUACGCUAAGGUCACGUUUAGAAAUACAAAAGACCAGAUCAGAGUUAAUGGCGCAAAUUUCGUCCCUCGAAUCUCAAUUGACCACCCUUAAAGACGAGAUUAGAAAAGCAGAUCAGAAUAUUAGUUCUUAUGUUAGCGAAAUGCAGAGAACUGAAACCAAAAACAGCAAAGCAAAAGAUGUGUAUGAUAAAAUGAAAGCGGAAAUACGACUCAUGAAGGAAGAACUGAGUGCGAUCGGAAGAUACCGUACGCCAAAAGAAAGAAGCCUUGCUCAGUGCACAUCAAGUUUGGAAGCCAUGCGCGCAACGAAAGAAGGUUUGGAAAGCGAACUGCAUCAAGAACUCAUGGCACAAUUGUCUGUUGCUGACCAGCGCCAGGUAGAUACAUUGAAUGACGAUAUAAGACGUCUAACAAAAGACAAUAAAGAAGCAUUCGCGAAGCGUAUGAGGCUAGAAGCUGAGAAAAAUAAGUUGGAGAACCUGUUGACCAAUAACUUAGUAAGAAGGAAAGACGAAUUAGUUCAAGCUUUGCAAGAAAUAUCGGUGGAAGAUAGGCAACGACAAUUGGAAUCCUCGAAAGCACAGUUAGCAGAUAUCGAGAAGAGACUGCUAAAAGUGAAUUCUGACUUUAAGUCUCAGAACGAACGAGUAACCAAUGCUAUAAAAAAGCAAAAGGCAGAGUCAUCGGAAGUUGAGAAGUGGAAGAUUAAAGAAAAAGAGGCACAGGAAGAGAUAGAAGCUGAUGCUAAGAAUUUGGAAAAGUUGGCCAGCAAACUGAACAUUUUAGAACAGAAAAUAGUGGAAUGUACGCAGAAAAUCACAGAACUUGGAGCAUUGCCUAGUCACGAAGUGUACUCUCAAUUCAGCGCAAUGUCUACAAAGCAGUUGUUUAAAGAAAUGGAGAAAGCAAACAAUCAUUUAAAGAAAUACAGUCAUGUAAAUAAAAAAGCGUUGGAUCAGUUCAUGUCGUUCAGUGAUCAGAAGGAGAAAUUGGUGAAAAGGAAAGAAGAAUUAGAUAGAGGCGAUGAAAAAAUUAAAGAAUUGAUGUCGGUAUUGGAACAACGUAAAUGCGAAGCUAUACAAUUCACCUUUAAACAAGUAAGCAAAUAUUUCAGCGAGGUUUUCAAAAAACUUGUUCCAUCGGGACACGCACAAUUAGUUAUGAAAACAGCCGAUGGUGAAGAAGGAGAUGACACAACAACAGAAUCAGCCGAUUCUGACAGGUUUAUUGGAGUUGGUAUACGAGUUUCUUUCACCGGUCAUAGAGCUGAAAUGAGAGAAAUGAACCAAUUGUCUGGUGGACAAAAGUCACUAGUAGCGCUGGCAUUAAUAUUCGCGAUUCAAAAAUGCGAUCCAGCACCGUUUUAUUUGUUCGAUGAAAUCGAUCAAGCUUUGGAUGCACAACACAGGAAAGCUGUAGCGGAUAUGAUUCACGAGCUUAGUUCUGAUGCCCAAUUUAUCACGACAACAUUUAGGCCUGAAUUAUUGCAACAUGCGAACAAAUUUUAUGGCGUCAAAUUCAGGAAUAAAGUAUCUCACGUUGUAUGCGUAACGCGAGAAGAAGCAGCCGAUUUUGUAGAGGAUGACACAACGCAUGGUUAAUCUAGCUUAUGGAUUAUUAACUGCACUGCGGAUCUUUAUGUAAAUACCUAUUUUCAUAAGAUGUAUUAUACAAAUAAGGAAGUAUUAUUAUUAUUAAUUAAAAAAAUAUUAAUAAUUUUUGUUCAUAUGCAUGUUUUCUAUAUACUAAAAGAUUGGGUGUACCAUAAAUGCAUAAAGGUUCGCAGUCUAUUUAUAAUGGAUCAUCAGUCCAGAAAUUAUUUUUUUGAAAGUUGACCAUUCUUGCUGAUGAGCUACUCUUUAUUUCUUCAUGAUAAUUGCAUACAAUCGCUAUAUAAUUUGACAUUUCAUCGGUCAUGCAUUAUGAAAGGGAAAUCGUUGGAUAAAUCAAGACGUAGCUAUGUAAAUAAUUUACUAGUGGUGUAAGCGGAUCAAGAAAAUUUUUAUUUUAUUAACGGCUAUGUAAAAGUUUAUAUUUGUUUUUUCUAUUGUAUUUAAACACGUGUAACAAUACAUACGUCAUUUUUAACUGAUGGACUUUAUUCUCACGUUGUAUUUACAUCAAUGAGAAGUACAUAAAAAUGUGAAAAAUUAUAGGGAGAAUGAAAAAUUUAA